CACAAGCUAUCUCUCCUCUUUUUCCACAAUAAACUCUAACACCAUAUACUCGUCAUAAACCGAAAUCUAACCAUCUUUUUAUUUCACACUUUUAAUUUUUGGGCUACCUCAACCUUUCACUUUACUUAUUAUUCCUCUGUGUACGAGGAAUAAUAAGUAGUAAACCCGCUUACAUACAGUCCACUUGUUUCACAGAGGGAAUUCCAAUAGUGACGUCACAAGGCCAAAGAUCGACACACCGCAGCUAAUCCGCUCAUUCUAUUCACCCCCGCUACGUACACAUAGGAAAACCCCCCAAUUUUGUACAUGGUCCAUCGUACGCCGUUCACUGAGAAGACCAUUGACUGAGGUAACCCCAUCUCCUUACAUUGCCCAACAUAGUUGUCGAUAAAACAUGCCUGGUCAAGAUAUGUACAAAUGCCAUCUAUGUAAGAAAAGGCACGCUCUUAGAUAUUGCCCAAAAUUUGUCAAGAUGACCGUAGAGGAAAGACGAGCGGCCGUUCGACAACACAACUAUUGUCGCAGUUGCUUAGCGCGAAGCCACACCAUCGAAGAAUGUGAAUCUUCUGGAACAUGUCGAAAGUGUGGAUUUCAGCACCACACUAUGUUGCACCCACGAAAAUUCACCGUGCAACAAACGAAAUCCAACACUUCGACCAGAUCCAUCCAGUCUCGCCUCCAAAAGCAACAGCCUGCAAGAUCCAUCGCUUCCACCAAGCCACCAAAAAGGUCAGCAAAGUCCCACUCUACCGCCAUUCACAAAUCAUCUCGACAUCAGCAACUCACACGCCGUACCAAACAGCAACGCACGCAUCAACGCAAGAAGCCUCAGAAGACAAAAAGAAACCACCAAAAGCCUGGUAAGAGGCAACAACAGCAACUUACAAAGAAGCAAUCCUUAACCCCUCAACCAAAUGUCUUAAUCCUCUCGGAAGCUAUAAAGUCCUUAGCGACCGUAUUGUGCGCUACACCAUCAAACUUUGCGUAAACGCAAGGCCGGCGCCAUGGACAAAUUUGCAUUUGUCCUUAACUUAAGCUUUAAAUAUUUUUGAAUUUAUUACCCUGAAUUAUAGAGUGUUAUUGUGAAUUAUCUAUAACAUAAGAUUUGAAUUGCCAUUUAGUUCUAAGUUCGCUAUUGAAAUGUAAUAGAAUCUAAGUUAUUGUGAAUUAAUUGUUUUUAAGAGUUUAGUACAAAAGGUUAGCUGUUAACUUUUUAUGCCCACUCACUUCACUUACUCUACAACCGCAGUCAAGGUGAGCAACACAAGCUAUCUCUCCUCUUUUUCCACAAUAAACUCUAACACCAUAUACUCGUCAUAAACCGAAA